AUGGCUCCUCACGGUGAAUCCCACGACUCGGCGGAUCGACCAGCCAAGAAGCUCAACGCCGCAGCCGAAGCCGUCGUUGACACUAUUCAACACGAAGAGCAGUCCGAAGCACAUCGCAUCUUCCGAGCUCAUCCGGGUCACAAUGGCCGUCGGGCCUCUACAAUCUCUACAGCCGAUACCACCGCCUUCAAGACUCAACUCAACACGCAAGAGGCUGGCGAACACUUUCCGGCUAUCGAACAUCCCGGGAGCACUGGAGUCAUCUAUGUCACCGAUCGUGCUACUAGCAAUGGCUUCUACUAUGGAAAUCCAGAGUGGGCCAACAUGGGUCAAGGCGCGCCCGAAGUCGGCAACAUCGAAGGUGGCGUUCCUCGUACCCUUCAAUUCGAUCUCUCCGAGUUUGGUGAGGGCGUCCAUGAGUACGCUCCCAACACUGGUACCAUGGCCCUCCGUAAGGCGGUCGCCAAUUACUAUAAUGAAACCUUCCGACAAAACCACAGCAAAAAAUUCGAUCACACAAACAUCUGUAUUGUUCCUGGUGGCCGUGCCGGCAUGACACGCCUCGCGGCCGUCAUUGGCUCGGUCAACUGCGGAUACCAACUGCCCGAGUACACCAGUUACGAGUCCAUGCUCAGCGCUUUCAAGAGUCUCGUUCCCAUUCCUACUGUCCUCUCGGAGGAGGAUAGGUACAAGCUUAGCACUGAAGAUCUCCGUAAGGAGAUCAAAGGACGUGGUCUCAGUGCAAUGAUAAUGUCCAAUCCUCGUAACCCUACAGGCAUGGUCAUCGAAGGUGAAGAACUGAAGGCUCUUGUGGAGACCUCCAAGGAGCUUGGCUGCACCAUCCUGCUCGACGAGUUUUACUCCUGGUACAUGCAUGAGGGUCCCCUCGGUCGAGCAAACUCUGCAGCCAAACACAUUGAUGAUAUCAACGAGACGCCCGUUGUUCUCAUCGACGGUCUCACUAAAGGCUUUCGUCUUCCUGGCUGGAGAGUCUGCUGGGUCGUCGGUCCAAAAGACAUCGUCACUGCGCUCAACCAGUCCGGAUCCUUCCUGGACGGUGGCACUUCUCACCCCAUGCAGUGCAUGGCUCUUAAGAUGCUUGAUCUCGAUCGAUGCAACCAGGACCGCAUCGCCCUCCAAAAGCUUUUCAGGCACAAACGAAAGCACGUUCUCGCCCGACUCAAGAAGAUGGGUCUCGAAGUCAAGAUCGAGCCUCAAGCUACCUUCUACAUCUGGUUGUCCUUGGCGUCUUUGCCGCCUCCACUCAAUUCUGGACUGGUUAUGUUUGAGGAACUGCUUAAGGAAUCUUGCAUUGUCGUUCCCGGCAUCGCCUUCGAUAUCAACCCAGCACGACGAAGGAACAUCAUCCACAGUCCUUGCGAGAAGUUUAUUAGGAUCUCGUAUGGACCGGAAUUGUCACAGGUUGACAGAGGCUUGGAUGCUUUGGAACGUGUGAUUGCGAAAGCCGACCCUAAUCAUGCUGACAACGCCAAGUUGGGCAAAGGAUUGGUUCCAACAAAGCUCACACAUGCCGAUGUAAAGCACCACUGA